CAAACCAUCACCGUCACCCUAGGGAACAAUUCUUCUUUUCUACAGCUGCAACAGUGACAGUAACCCGCUGUAAACAUGGCCGACGAGAUCCGCCAGACGCCCAUCCCCGUACCUCACGUCUACGGGCAACCAGCCCCAGCAACCGACACAGCAACACCACCACCACCACCAACAACUACUACAACGACGUCUCUCGCCGGAGACACAGCAGCUAUGACCAUCGAGCAACCACCUCUCGCUCCCAGCACCGAGCAAGCAGCAUCUCCAGCCCCCACCACAACCACAACCACAACCACCAACGCCGCACCCGCACCCUUACCCACAACCGCGCCCGCAACAACGCCCUCCAACGCACCAAGUCCCAGCCCAGCCGCCGCCGCCACCACUACCGCCGCACCGCCCGCCCGCACCGGCACGCCCCUCCGCGCAACCAACGGCCAGCAAGAAGCUGCUAAUUCCUCCUCCUCGCGCGCCGCCUCGCAGCACCCGGAUCCGGGGUUCACCAUGCCCGCCGAGGCCCCGCCCCACGGCGCCCCCGUCCGCCAGUACCUCAACUCCAAAGUGACCGGCCCGUUGUUGGACGGCAUGAAGAUGAUUGCCAAGGAGCAGCCCAAGGAUCCCCUGCGCGCUCUAGGCGAGUACUUGCUCCAGCGCUCCAAGGAACUCGAGUCGACAACAUAGUGAGGGAGGGUUAAGCCAGGUAGUAGGCAAGCAAGCAUGAGAAUGGAGUUCGGGGAAGGGGGAAAAAAAAAUUCAAUUAUGGCAUUACAGAUUCCGCAUUAUAGAUUUCGUCUUUCACGAUGAUACCAUUGCUUUAGGAACGGAACGAUUACUAUUAGGAGGACAAAUAUAGACUUGCUAGGACGUUG